AUGUCGCGACCGCCACCCCUUCGUCGUAGCUUUGUGUCAUCCACUAACGGUGGAAGUGGUGGUGGCAAGGUUGUCGCUGUAGGAGCUGCCUUGCUAGCUGGCGCUGGAUUAGCCUAUUAUCAAACACAUAAGACAAAGGAAGAAGAGGCAGUCGACUUUUACUACGGAAAAGCUCCUAUGGAGAAAUCGGCUCCAACUGUGACCCCAAUCACGCAGGCGAACGCCAGAGGCAGCCAACAUGACUGGCGCACGCACCAAGAUGCGAGCGGCCAUGCCCUAGCCGCCAAGGCACAUUUGCGAAGCACGGCAACCGAAUUGGGUCAUGCAGCACAAGACACUCUAGGCGAAGCACAAACUGCUGCUGAACGCGAGCUGAAAGCAGGCCAGAAUUAUGUUGAUCGCGUCAAAGUCGAUACACGCCAUAAAUUAGACGAUGUCGAAGCAAGUGCCGACAAGUUCCGUGCUGAGCACCACAUGAAGAGCGGCGACCGCCCGCCUGAUUCCGUGUUGCGUGAUACUGCCUAUAAAUCUGACGCAGGUAUUAUUGCUGAUGCACAUGCUUGGUCGAACCCUGAAGCCCAUUUAAAGUAUCAAGAGGCCAAGCAGCGCGUCAAUGACGAGAAAGACGAGCUGAAAAACAAAUGGCAACAGACUAAGAAAGAAGCAGCUAACGAGUGGGAAAAGACCAAGGAUGAAGCCUCGAAUGAAUGGCAGCAGGCAAAGCGAAACGUCAGCGCCACGACGAAUGAACUUGGUUCGCAAUGGGAGCAAACAAAACAAGAUGCUAAAGGUGCUGCGGACGAGGCAUCCGCACAGAUUAAUGCCAAAGCCAACGAGCUUGGAUCACGCUGGGAGCAAACGAAGCAAGAUGCUAAAGGCGCUGCAAAUGAAGCAUCGUAUCAAGCAAACGCUAAAGCCAACGAGCUUGGAUCACGCUGGGAGCAAACAAAGCAAGAUGCCAAAGGAGCUGCGGAUGAAGCUUCGACGCAAGCCAAAGCCAAGGCUGACGAAAUUGGAUCAUCGUGGCAACGUACCAAGCAAGAUGCACAGAACCUUGCGGAUGAUGUAUCGUCACAGGCGAAAGCUGAAGCCAAUCAUUGGGACGCUUCAUGGAAGAAGACAAAGCAAAAUGCCCGUGAAACUGUGGACGAUCUUUCUUCCGAAGCAGAAGCCAAAGCAAACCAACUUGGAUCGUCUUGGGAACGUACAAAGCAGAAUGCACAAGAGUAUGCGGAUGAUGCCGCCGCUAAGCUUCAAGGUGGAGCUGACAGACUCGGUCAAUCCUGGGAGCAAACCAAACAGGAUGCUCGUUAUAAGGCGGACGACCUAGAAGGACGUGCCAAAGCCGAAGCAAACAAGUUGAGCAAUUCUUGGGACCGCGCCAAGCAGGAUGCAUGGGAUACGGCUGAAGAUAUUGAUAAACGCGUCAGAACUGAAGCAAACAAGUUGGGCAAUUCUUGGGAACGCAACAAGCAGGAUGCACGCGGUGCUGCUGGCGAUUUUGGUGACCGUGCUAGAGCUAGGGGAGACGGAAUUGGGAAUUCAUGGGACCGCACCAAGCAGCAGGAGACGCGCCUCACAGCCGACGAUAUCGUUGAACAUGCUAGAGGUGAAGUAAACAGAGUUGGUGGUGCUGCCAGUCGUUUGGAUGCGCAUGCCAGAGCAGAAGCUAAUAAGGUGGGAGCAUACUGGGACCGUACCAAAGAAGAAGCUCGUAAUGCAGCAAGUAGUCUAGGAAGACAUGCUCGGGCUGAAGCUAUGUAA